UAUUUUCUGUUGAUUGCUUGUCGCUUCCCGCAUUCAGGCAAGGUAUGUGUAAAUGUAACUAUGCAUACAAUUAAUACCGUUCAUCUGAAUUUUCAGGAAUUCGACUUGAAAUGUCAAAAAAUUUUGCCAUUCAGCGUCAAAGUCAUCAUGGCUUCGCCGCAGUUGCAUGCGAUCAAACUAUAGAGCAGACAGUAAACCGUGAUGCAAAAACUAAGGGAGGCUUGAUUGGUUUCACAUUGAAUCGUGGUGCAGUGCAUCGAUGGCUUCUUUCACAAUCACAGAGAGCAGCAAUAACCAGCCAAUGCAAGAGCUUAGCAGGAAUGGAGUACAAACCAAGAAAACGUAAAGACCUCGAUCCCACUAAAUGCGAUCGCUACGAGAAGUCGGUAGAAAGUGUGAUAACCACCGUUUCAAAUAUGUUACAACCGUUUGAUGCAGAGCAGGAGAGCUUAGUAUCGUUAGCAAGUGGAUUUGUCAUUGAUGACAAUGUUGCCAAAAGUUUACUUGGAGCAGAACAGAGUGGAGAAGAUCAAUUUCAAGAUUUUGUUAAAAACAAUCUCGCUAUUGAAACGCCAGAUAUUUUCCAAACAAUUAAGAAGAACAAGCUUCCCUCUAUCCAGAAAACUAAAACAGGGAUAAAAAACAGUGGCGGAAAAGAAACUGGACUCAAAAUGAGUAGAAACUUGUUUGCAAAGCUUUUACUUGUUGCAAAAAGCCGGGACGUUGAUAUGCAAAAUAUCUUGUCUUAUUGCCUUGGUGCAUAUCCCUUGUCACUUGCCUCCGUAAGUGGUAGUUUUUUAAAGACAGCAAAAUCAAAAUUGGCGGAGAUACUGGAACGAGAAGGCGAAAACCCACAUGUGGAUCAAACAGACAUCCCUCAUGAUAACGCACUCAUUGUAGACGCCAUGGCUGUUGUGCAGUGCUUGAAAGGAAACUGGAAAACAUUUGGGGAUUUUGCGGAUUCAGUUUUCCGUUUCCUCAUAAAAUUAGCUCACGAUUGUCGUGCAUUAAGACUAGAUUUUGUCGCUGACAGGUAUCUUGCUCUAAGUAUCAAGAACACUGAGCGAGUAAGACGCGCUACAGAAGGAGUUCAACGAGUACACAUAUAUAGCCAAGAGCAGAACAUUCCUAAGCAGUGGAAAAAAUUUCUGAGCUCUGGAGAAAACAAAGAAGCGUUGCUCGAAUUCUUCAUCAAACAUUGGAAAUCAUAUAAGUCAUCCAAGCUUGCUUCUGUCUCUGUUCUGUACGCAACAUCUAAGGAUAAAUGUUACAUAUACCGUCCCGGUCGAAAUGGAGAUGACCCUGUUAGAACAGCCUCGUUUCCACCACUUGAUAGCAACCAUGAGGAGGCAGAUACUCGCCUAUUGUUGCAUGCCAAGCAUGCCGCAAGCACGUAUGACACAGUAAUAAUCAGAAGUCCUGACACUGACGUUCUCGUUCUUUGCACUGCCAUGCAACAUGUGAUUGAGAAGGAUAUUUACAUGAUGACGGGCUCAGGAAAUAAAUUUCGCUGUAUUCAUAUAAACACAAUUUGCGAAAAACUUGGUGAAGACACAUGCAAAUGUCUGCUAGGUUUUCAUGCAUUUUCAGGCUGUGAUUCCACAAGCUCAUUUCAUGGAAAGGGAAAAGUUAAAGUUUGGAAAACGUUAUCUGAAAAUCCAGAAUUUACAGAAACUUUUGGCAUGCUGGGCAACAUGUUUCCACCAUCUGACCUCAUAGUCAGCCAACUCCACCGGUUGUGUGUUUGA